AUGGGUGUUGAUUGUGAGGUGAAGCUGUGCCAUUCGAGCGACGUGGCACGGCGUGUCUGGUGCGUGCAGUGGAAUCACACGGGUACAGUGCUGGCCAGUUGCGGUGACGAUAAAACAAUCAAACUGUGGAAACGCGUAGAUGGAGCGCCACAUAUGAAGCGUAGUGGAACAAUCAGUGGUUCGCAUGAUCGAGCAGUCCGUUAUGUUGCAUUUUCACCGGACGAUAAAUACUUGGCCUCAGCCGGUUUCGAUGCCUUCGUUGUUGUGCAUAAGUUGUGCAGGUGA